UCACUGGUCAAGGGGAAGAGAACUCUAAGACUGUCGAAGAAAAUGGCACUAAUAGUAAGAUUAAGUGGAUCUUACCCGAUGAUGGAUCAAUUCAUAUAAAAGAUAACAUGGAUAAAGAGGGUUCCUCAAGGUUAGGUUCUAGGUCCAAUCUUACAAUGACUGAAAUGGAGGAAGGUGCAGAAGGUAUAUUGGUGUCAGGAUCGAGUCGGAAGUCGCCUGGAAGAGAGAGUGUAAAGAUAACAUUGGAACAUGGUAAAGAAGGAACAGAGAGUGAACGAAAAGUGUUUGUUACAGAGCGGAUCCAUAAUGCAAAAGAGACAGCAACUUCUUCGAAACAAAGUGUCGAACAAGAGUCAGAACUAGCUAGGGUUAAUGCUUCUUCUCGUAUACCACAAUAUUACAACGAUAUUAAAGAAAAGGAACGCGAUUAUUAUUCAGAACUGUCUGACGAGUACGCAAGGGAUGUAUUCGAGGAGAGUGGAUUUGAAAGUACUGACAAGGAACAUAUAGGUGACGUCACAGAGGAAGGCGAAGUUCAGUUGAGGAAUGAUGUCAGAACAUCUUCAACAAAGAUCAAAAGGUGUUCGAGUACCCGUAUGUCUUCAGAUUCCUGCAGCGCUCUGGACCAAGAGGAUUUACUUCAAAUUGCAUAUGAAACCUAUGUUUCAGUUAGCAGCGAAAUCAAAAAGUUUCUUGUUAAGGUCAUUGCGGAUGCCAAGAGAUAUGAAAGCAGUCACCCAGCGGGUGUAGAAUCUCGACUAAGGCCUAUUAAUUCAAAGCUGCCACGAUUUUUAGAUGAACAACGGGAAGGUAUCGGUCGAGAUGACACGUCAGUUUCACCAGCUAGAGGCCGUAGAGGCAUUCAAUCCUCUUCAAGUCAACGGAGGAGUUCAAAGGAACGACAGAAGCGACAUCAUGAAGCAACAACAAAGUCUACCAGAGGACAAGGGAGACAACGAUCAAGGAGUGAAGGCGAUACGGAGCUGAGAUCAUCGGAACUCACUAAGCUUCCUUCUAUCAAACAAAAAAGUUUUACAUCACCCAAGACGUACUACGAGAUAACUAAAGAGGAGCAAAAGGUCAGAGAAACAGCGCCCUCUGCGUUAGAUCUUAUAUAUCGUCAGUUUGGUGCAGUCAAAAAGAUGAAGGCAGGACGUCAAUAUAGUGAAGACGAUUAUAAGAAACUCAAAGACAUGCUUAGAGCCCAACAAAAGCGAUACAUCAGAUACCAGAUAAACCUUUAAAUAGAGUUUUAUAGACCAUGGCCCUGGGAAGCAAACUGAAAAAGCAAAUAAUUGGUUAGUCAUACAUAUACAUUCUGAAUCUACAUGACAAUGGCCCUUUGAAUGUCGUUUUAAAGGGAUGCUUCGGGCCGAAAGUAUUUAUAUCUAAAUAAAUUAUUCAAUUCUAGAGAUUUGCAUUAUUCCGGUGAAACAAUUCUA